GAGCAAUCAUAGUUGCCUUUCAAUGCCUAUCAAUCCACAAUCGACAGGGAACAAUCAUAUCGAAAAAUCAAGUUUACAAAAUCAUUUCCCGUAAACCAGAUAAUAAAAGAAAACGAAAUGCCAAAAAAGGUGAUCACAAGGCGUCAACGCAAAGCUGCAGAGUCCCGGCUAAAGGCCACAAAGGAAGCAAGUCAGGAGGAUGGUCUCAUAAUCUUAGAGAACAUACUGGUUCCCCCAAUGUCGACUAAUUUAAUUAGCUCAGAAGAAACAUACUUAAAGAAGAAAGAUAUAGAUAUGAUGUCUCAGACGACUUUGGAUGGAAAGAACGAGAAGGCCAAAUCUCCGUCUUCGGAACAGUCAACCAAAGAAUCCGAAAAGAACAUUCAGCUGUGUGAUGCUCUGCAAAAAAUUCGAUUAACUAGUCACAAGAAAACCUUCUUGUCGGAGGUAAGAAAGAAGGCUUUUGAGGCGGAACAAUUCCGAAAUACCACUUCAUCCGGAUAUGAUAAGGACAAUAAAUUCAUUGCACUGCUUCCAAGGAACACCAAUAAGGGGGCCAAUAAAACUCCAAGCUCCGGCGUGCCAUUGAUGUCCAAAUUUUGCGAACAAAUUAAGUCGCAUUUCAACUCCGUCUUGCCGACACGAAACCCAGUCGGUUCAAAAUCCCAAAUUCCGAUUAAAAUUGAACCUGAGCACGGUGCAGAUGGCAACAGCACGCCACGAAAAGUUUUCAGUAGCUCGCAGAAUGAAGUUAAAACUGAUGGAGACAACUACCCCAAAAUCAAUAGCUUCAAGCCUUCUGAGCUAGCUAGGCAUCCAAGACCACCUAUUAGGAUUUUUGGCUUGACAGGCUUCUUUUCCCUAACUGGCAACAAUGCUCAGUUGUCUUUUCACAUCGGCCAACUUGCGAUCAGAGGCGUUUAUGUCCAAUCAUGUAUACAUCUGCCACCCGAAUUGAUGGAUACGGUGGAGGAACAGCUCGCUAAACUCGCUAUGGACCGCAAAAUAAUCCUCAACAAAAUGAAGAACAAGCAUGCAACACUUGCACAACGACGAGCUCGGCAAGAGACACGGCAGGGUAAAAAUUAAACAUAACAUAAGCAUUAACAUAAAACAAAUACAGAAACCUGAAUAAAGAUGAAGCUUCUGCAAACCUAAAA